AUGACUCUUAUGAACGCCAUGUCUUCCCUCGGAAACGUCAACGCUAUGACCUCCAACAAGUCAAUGACCUCGUACUCGACCUCCAAGACAGUGACUGUAGGCCAGGCCAGCAACCAGAACGCCCUCCUUGGUCUCGGAGUUGGAGUUGGCGUCGGUGCCUCUGUUGACCUCCUCGGAAUCCAUCUUGGUCUCGGUGUUAACAUUGGUGCUGUGAUCCAAUUGUAA